CACUACGAAAAAAAUGCAGACGGAGUCUUGGCUCAUUUUCUGAGAAAUCUGAGGGGAAGAGGAAUUUGUAAGAGAGGCAUUUGGAAAAUGGGUUCUGUGGUAAAAGCGGUAGACGUCGUUCUGUUCUCUUACAUGCUCGUAAUAGCACUGGCAUGUCCACUUAUAUACGCUCAGAUCCUUUUCCCACAAACUCUCUACCCUCGUUUCCUUGUCCAGCUCAAGAACUGGUACAUCCGCGAGUAUGAUCACUAUCUGAUGAUAGACCAGCCACAUUUCUUCGUUGGACUCGUUUGCUAUGAGUUCAUCUUUCAAUUGCCACUCAUUCUUCUCAAUUUAUACGCCAUUUUGACGGCCAAACCCUGGUUCAAAACCACUUGCUUGAUCUACGGCGUUACAUUGUCUUCUGCUAUGGUCGCGAUACUAUCAGAAAUGGUGGGUUCAAAAAGGGCAUCUCCUAAGCUAUUGACACUGUACGUCCCUGUCAUGGGUUUAGGAGUGUUAGCUACUCUGCGAGGUUUGCUAUCUCAUUCUGAAUCCGACAAGAGCCCAAGAAUGUCCACCAAAAAGCGAGUUUGAAUGAAGUUGAAGUAAUUGUUUUCUCUUGUAAGAUUUGAAAAGGAGCAACACGAUUUGAAAGGUGGGAAGCAUUGUAUUGUAUGUGAAUGAUAUGUCAUGGCCUUUCUUUUGUUCUGCUGUGUUGAUUUCUGGUGUAUUAGGUUGUUUGGAUUUGUCUAAUGAAGUAUUUCCCAUCUUUUCUGAA